CUGUGUGCGCGCGCGCGAGAGAGAGGAAAAAGAGAUAGUUUCGUUGCGAGCCCCCUCGUCAAGAGACGAUCACGUUCACGUCGUAGUGCAGGGAGAAUAAGAAAUAGUUGCAGUGCUGCGUCGUCGUCGUCGUCGCCGCCGCCGCCGCCGCCACUGCCGCCGCCGCCGCCGCCACUGCCGCCGCCGCCGCCACCACCAUCACCACCGCCACCACCGCCUCGAAAGAGAGAUAAAGAAAACGCGGUGCCGUGUUCACAGAAAGCAAUAAAAUACAAAGAAAUUAUCAAUUGUGUCUUUCUAGUAGAAGGGAAAAGCAGAAUAAGAAGGGACGGAAAAAAGAAAAUCGUGGUGCAGUUUGAGUGUAAACGAGUAAUACAGAAAGGGAUAAAGCAGAAAAAAAAAUCAAAAACGAUGGCACUAGGCUCGCAGGUCGAGACGGCGCAGCAGGAUGAGACGACGAACAAAGUUCAGCUCCGAAACAGCAGUAGCAGUUCGUCAGCCGGUGUUCCAGUAGCAAAGCAAAAUGGAGAAAACGUCAGCAAUGCAAGUAACUCGCUGGAGAACGUUGUUGAAAAAGGCGAAGUCGAAGCUACCAAAGAAGGCGAAAAAGAAAACAAAGACGACAAAGACAGCAAGGACAAGAACAAAGACAAGGAUGCCGCUAAUGAACAAGAAGUUGUUUUUAUUCAAGAUAUGGGUUUCACCGUGAAAAUCGCUAGUCCUGGUGCCGAACAGUUCGACAUUCAAGUUUCCAGCAUGGAACUCGUUCAGUCUGUUCUCUUACAGGAAAUUCAUCAGCUGUUGAUGGACCGUGAAGACACAUGUCACCGCACAUGUUUCUCGCUGCAAUUGGACGGCAAUACUCUUGACAAUUUCGCCGAGUUGAAGAACAUCGAGGGACUGAAGGAAGGCUCAGUAAUUAAAGUGGUCGAAGAGCCGUACACGAUGCGCGAGGCACGCAUUCACGUUAGACACGUUCGCGAUUUGCUCAAGUCCGUCGAUCCAGCGGACGCUUACAAUGGCGUCGAGUGCAGCAGUUUGUCGUUCCUUAACGUCGUUACCAAUGGCGAUAUUCUCGAGAAAAAGAAAUCCAGAGCCGACUCGGUUGAUUGCACCCCACCCGAUUAUAUUAUUCCUGGGUGUAAGGAGAGACCGUUACUACCUGUACAGCCUCAGAUUAAAGAACAAAAAUGCCCGCCUUGUCUGAAGGUGCUAACGACUUCAGGCUGGAAUCCACCACCCGGUUAUCGCAAGUUGCACGGCGACCUGAUGUACCUGCACGUGGUUACACUCGAGGAAAAGCAAUACUAUUUAACAGCUUGCGCUCGCGGUUUCUUCGUCAACCAGUCGACAAAGGAAACAUUUAAUCCAAAGCCCGCAUCACCUAGUCACCUCUGUCACAGUCUUAUCGAGUUGUUGAAUCAAGUUAGUCCGGCAUUUAAACGUGGUUUUGCUGCAAUGCAACGUCGCCGAACUCAGCGACAUCCUUUCGAAAGGGUUGCUACACCGUAUCAGUUGUACGCGUGGGCGGCACCGCAGAUUGAACAUACUAUUGACGCGAUACGCGCCGAAGACACGUUUUCGUCGAAACUAGGUUACGAAGAACACAUCCCUGGUCAAACUAGGGAUUGGAAUGAGGAGUUGCAAACGACGAGGGAGUUGCCGCGCAAAAAUCUUCCGGAAAGAUUGCUCAGAGAACGCGCGAUAUUCAAAGUGCACAGCGACUUUGUAGCAGCUGCAACUCGCGGUGCCGUUGCAGUGAUCGAUGGCAACGUUAUGGCUAUCAAUCCUGGCGAAGAACCAAAGAUGCAGAUGUUCAUAUGGAACAAUAUAUUUUUCUCCCUUGGUUUUGAUGUUCGUGAUCAUUACAAAGAACUUGGCGGCGAUGCUGCUGCUUUCGUUGCACCGCGUAACGAUCUUCAAGGUGUUCGAGUGUAUGCGGCUGUUGAUCUUCCUGGUCUUUAUACUUUGGGAACCGUUGUUGUAGACUACAGGGGUUAUCGAGUUACAGCGCAAUCCAUCAUUCCUGGAAUUUUGGAGCGCGAACAAGAGCAAUCCGUAGUUUAUGGAUCUAUUGAUUUUGGGAAGACUAUUCUUACGCACCCAAAAUAUCUUGAAUUGUUGAAUAAAGCCGGUCAGCAACUGAAAAUACUUCCGCACAAAGUUAUCAAUGAUGCAGGUGAAGAAAUUGAGCUUUGUAGCAGCGUUGAAUGUAAGGGUAUUAUUGGAAACGACUCGAGACAUUACGUAUUGGAUUUGUUGAGAACUUCGCCUCCUGAUGUUAAUUUUUUAAAACUUGAAGGAGUCGAAUUAAGCAAAGAAGCACGAGCUCUUGGCUUUCCAGUGGAACAUAGGCACAAAUUAGCUUGUCUUCGCCAAGAAUUAAUUGAUUCUUUUGUUGAAUCAAGAUAUGUUCAAUUUAUCAAACACGCUGCCGUACAUUUGCAACAACUGACAUCAGUUAAACGAAAUCAAAAGGAAAAAGAAAUUUGUGCAAAGGAAGAUAAAAAGGAAGAGAAACAAAACGAUAGAAAAGAUGAAGUAAAAGAGGAUAAAAAGGAAGAAAAAGAAGAAAAAGAAGAAAAGAAAGAUGAGAAAGUUCCUGUCGAUAGCAAUAAAGAUUCUACUCAAUCUUCGAUCGAAGCUGACGAAGCCAAAAAAAUUGUUGAAAGCAUCACUGACUCAAUCACGGGAGGUGAAAAACAAGAACUGGAAGAAAGUACAAAGGAAAUCGUUCGCAGAGCAGCCACUGCAGUUGGCAGCUUGCGCGAAGCGGAGUUUGACAUAAAGUUCAAUCCAGAUGUGUUCUCGCCAGGAGUUCUUCAUCCAGAUUCUAAUGGAGCAGCUUUAAAGAAACAGAAACAAUUGGUUAUUGAUGCUGCAGAUUUCUUACUUACUGUCCAACUUCCAACUUUUAUUCGGGAAUGUUUGGAUCAUACGCCAGCUGCCAUGGAUGGUAGUACUUUGGUAGAAGCCUUACAUGGACGAGGAAUAAAUGUUCGAUAUCUCGGUAAACUAGCAGCUAUGCUUGCAGCAGUUCCUCAACUCCAGUACCUUCAUCGCAUUGCUGUAUCUGAACUGAUACUUAGAUCAGCAAAACAUAUUUUCACUGCAUAUAUGCAGGGUGCUGAAUUUAUGAGUUUAUCCGCUGCUAUAAGUCAUUUCUUGAACUGUUUCUUAUCAUCUGCACAACUUGCUCAUCCACAACAAAGCCUUGAAGAAUUACAGAGUAAAACAGCAAAACGUCGCAAUAAACGAAAGGGAAGAAACAACGGACCACAGCAAUCCGAAGUCGAAUGGGCUUCAUUGACGUCUAAAUCGCUUUGGCAGCAAAUCAAAGCUGACUUAAAGAUGUAUUACGAUUGGGAGUGUCCUACGCCAGAGUCGCUUGAUGUGGCUAUAGAUCACUUCCGUUUACAAAAAAUCUCUCUGUUGAGAGCAUUUUGCAUCAAAACGGGCAUUCAGAUAUUAUUAAGAGAGUAUAAUUUUGAUAAUAAGAAUCGCGCUACCUUUUUCGAAGAGGAUAUUUUAAAUAUUUUCCCAGUGGUUAAACACAUUAAUCCAAGAGCAAGUGAUGCCUACAAUUUCUACACAACUGGCCAGAAUAAAAUACAACAGGGUUAUUUAAAAGAUGGCUACGAGCUAAUUAACGAGGCGCUUAAUUUACUCAAUAAUGUUUAUGGUGCCAUGCAUCCAGAAAUCGCACAAUGUCUGCGAAUGCUUGCGAGAUUAAAUUAUAUAAUGGGCGAUCACGCAGAAGCACUUGCAACUCAACAAAAAGCCGUCCUCAUGUCGGAACGAGUUAACGGCAUCGAUCAUCCAUACACCAUCACUGAAUACAUUCAUUUAGCUUUAUAUUCAUUUGCCAACGGACAAGUUUCUACAUCAUUAAGACUUUUGUACAGAGCAAGAUACCUCGCCCUUCUCGUGUGCGGUGAGGAUCAUCCCGAAGUAGCACUUCUCGAUAGCAAUAUCUCACUGAUUCUACAUGCAGUUGGUGAAUAUGAGCUUUCUCUGCGUUUCCUGGAGCAUGCACUUUCUUUAAAUUUGCGCUACCAUGGUCCACGUUCGCUUAAAGUUGCCGUCUCAUAUCACUUGGUCGCACGGACGCAAUCGUGCAUGGGUGAUUUUCGCGCAGCACUGAACAACGAAAAGGAAACGUACGCAAUCUACAAGCAACAGCUUGGUGAGGAUCAUGAGAAAACAAAGGAGAGCAGCGAUUGCUUACGUCAUCUUACCCAGCAAGCCGUUGUUUUACAGAAGAAAAUGAAUGAAAUUUACACUGGCAAAACGGGUGUCAGUCUGCCACCCAUUCAAAUCCAACCACCAAGCAUGGGCUCCGUACUCGAUAUGCUUAAUGUCAUCAAUGGUAUACUGUUUGUACAGAUUAGUCCUGAGGAUAUUGAAAAUUUCAAGGCGGAAAUUGCUAAGCGUGAACCUGCUGCUACGGUCACCACUCUUGGUGCUAUAAACAGCGAUGAUGAACCAAAGAAAGAACCCGUCGAGAGCUGA